AUGAGUUCUGAUCCAUUAAAACACUCUGUUAACCAAUACCUGGAGGAGCUUCCACAGCCUGUCCAAACAAGGCUUUACGAAUCACCAGCAACAUGUCUUGCUAUCUAUAGAUUACUACCAGAGUUAGCAAAAUAUUUCAUGAUGUCAAUGGUAUUUAAUGAGAAUUUUAUCCUGUUGCGUGAUCUUGAUAGAUGGGUGAAACCUAAUGGGAAAGUACAAUUCCAAGAGGCCAUCAAGUCAUUGAAAUCUUUGCAUCUGAUCAUGCCAAAGAAGAAUGAAAAGGGUGCAUUGAUGAUAGGUCUCAAUCCAACUUUUAGAGAAAGUUUCAAGAAUGCAUUAACAGGUGGUAAAGUCCACAAUUCUUUUGGUAUUGUCAUAGAAGAUAACAGUAUUUCGAUGGAUAUUCUAAACGAGUAUUCGUCAUCGAAAUGGGAGACAAUUCUUCAUUUUAUGGUCGGUACACCUAUAUCUACAAUUCCUUCUGCAAAUGUUUUGAACUUAUUGAAGAGUAGUAGGUUAAUGGAAGAAACAGAAACUACAGCAGAAUUCAAGAUCACAAAUGAAGGUUUCCAAUUCCUGCUACAAGAGGCCAAUGCUCAAAUAUGGACAUUAUUGUUGCAAUACUUAAAGAUGGCCGAAAGUUUUCAAAUGGACCCUGUCGAUAUUUUAAAUUUUAUUUUCAUGUUAGGUUCGUUGGAAGUUGGGAAGGCAUACAGUACAACUGGAUUAAGUGAUACUCAAAAGAACAUGUUAAAGGAUAUGAGGGAUUACGGGCUAAUAUUCCAAAAGAACUCAGAGGCAGCUGUGUUUUAUCCUACAAAUCUUUCCAUUGUACUUACUUCAGAUAAUAAAAAUGCUAUUAGGAGUGCAUCUGGUGCAUUGGAUAGUGUUGUUCAGAAAAAUAAAGAAGGAACAGGAAAUAUGGAUACAAGCGGCACACUGAAUAAUGACGAUCAAAUUGGACUGCAAGGUCAACAAACACCAGAAGGUGCAUUAAUUGUGGAAACAAAUUUCAAACUAUAUUCAUACUCUAAUUCUCCUUUACAAAUAGCUAUCUUGAGUUUAUUUCUACAUUUAAAAACGAGAUUCGCCAACAUGGUUACUGGGCAGAUAACAAGAGAGUCAAUUAGGACAGCUCUAACUAAUGGUAUCACUGCAGAGCAAAUCAUCGCAUAUUUAGAAACACAUGCCCACCCGCAGAUGAGGAGAUUUGCGGAAGAAACUUUAUUAAAAAAGUUAGAACUUGACCCUAACAGUAAGGACACUUUACAAAUUCUACCGCCAACAGUUGUAGAUCAAAUCAGAUUAUGGCAACUAGAACUGGACAGAGUCAUAUGUUACGAUGGAUCUCUAUAUUCUGAUUUUGAAACUAGUACAGAGUAUAAUUUACUAUCAAAAUAUGCGCAAGACAUUGGUGUAUUGUUAUGGAGAGAUGAUAAAAAGAGAAAGUUCUUUGUUUCUAAAGAAGGUAAUUCCCAAGUUCUGGAUUACGCUAAAAGGAAAUUAAAUAAUAAAUAA